GGUGCGAGAUGGGAAAGCAGCAGGGAGGACGCGCGAGUGCAUAGGCAUUUAAAAGACGCAUGGGCUGAGCUUGGUGCCAUUGCGCACAACUUCUUGAACGGCGGACUGUCCCGAGUGGGAGCAGAGAUGGCGAUGCCGAGCAGUUCUUUCGUUCUUUUUACGCAGUUCUUGCUUUAUCUGAAGGUGACACAUUGCAUGGAGGUCGAUUUCUGCAGACCUGUUCGCCUGAGUCAGAAAAAGCCCGGAGUGUCUUUGCACCGGCGCGCCGAGCAGAUGAAUGAAGAUGAGAUCGUGUUCAGACUUCGUGCAUUCAGAGAGGAUUUUUACCUCCAUCUGUCUCCAGAUCCGAGUUUCAUUGCAGCUGGGAGUGUUUCAGCACCCGACACCUUCGCAGGCUCUGAAUUCAGGGAAUGCUUCUACUCCGGCGAUGUCAACGCAGACCCCGACUCCUUUGCCGCGCUGAGCCUGUGCAAAGGCCUGCAGGGGGGAUUCUUCUAUAACGGCGUGGAAUAUUUUAUUAGCCAGACCGAGACUGAAGACGCAGGGGCCGCUUCUGUGCCUGGAAACUCCUUCGACAGGACGCAUAUCAUUCGCCGCCGCGGACGCGCACCGCACUCAGCUGGAAACUUCACCAGCAGGUGUGAAGUUCCACCUGACACCAACUUCACCGUCUCCCUGGAGAGAUACAAGUACAUGAGAGAACUGCAGGCGGACGGCUUGACCGAGACUGUGCUCAAUUCCUUGGGGAGGUCUAAGAGGUUCGCCGCCGUCCCCAGGUUUGUGGAGGUGCUGGUUGUGGCAGAUGAAUCUAUGGCUAAAUUUCACGGGGAUGGCCUAAAGCAUUACGUUCUGACCCUCAUGUCAGUAGCAGCCAGGCUUUACAAGCACCCCAGCAUCCUCAACUCCAUAAACAUAGUGGUGGUGGGCUUCAUGGUGAUAAACGACGACGACAAGGGACCGAAGGUUUCCAGUAACGCUGCUCUGACUCUGCGCAACUUCUGCUCCUGGCAGAAGAAGUUAAAUAAACACAGUGACAAGCACCCCGAGUACUGGGACACAGCCAUCCUGUUCACUAAACAGGAUCUUUGUGGAGCCACAACCUGCGACACGCUGGGGAUGGCUGAUGUUGGGACCAUGUGCGACCCGAAGAGGAGCUGCUCCGUCAUCGAGGAUGACGGCUUACCCUCGGCUUUCACAACUGCUCAUGAACUUGGCCACGUUUUCAACAUGCCCCACGACAAUGUGAAGGCAUGUGAGGAGGUAUUUGGGAAACUAGAGGACAACCACAUGAUGUCUCCCACGCUGAUUCAGAUAGACAGGAGCCGACCCUGGUCUGUGUGCAGCGCAGCCAUCGUUACCGAGUUCCUGGACAGAGGUCAUGGAGACUGUCUGCUGGACCAGCCUCAGAAGCAGCUGACGCUGCCCGACAGCCUGCCCGGCUCCAGCUACAGCCUGCACCGUCAGUGCGAGCUUGCAUUUGGCCCCGGCUCCAAACCCUGCCCUUACAUGCAGCCCUGCUCCAAGCUGUGGUGCACGGGAAAGGCCCGAGGACAGCUGGUCUGCCAAACUCGACAUUUCCCCUGGGCCGACGGCACAAGCUGUGGCGACGGCAAGGUUUGCUACCAGGGGGCUUGCUCUGUGAAGAACAGCACCGAGCACAUCAAGGUCGAUGGUCGGUGGGGGAAGUGGGGUUCAUUUGGUGACUGUUCCAGAAGUUGUGGAGGGGGAGUUCAGCUGGCCAGAAGACAGUGCAACAACCCUGUCCCUGAAAACGGAGGCAAAUACUGCUACGGCCUUCGUGUCAAGUACCGUUCCUGUAACCUCAGCCCUUGUCCUGACACAGUUUCACUGCUGCUUAGCCAACAGGUCAACCAGUUUUACACAGCAACAGCAGCAAACACCAGCAAUGCUAACUGUCCUUUUGUUGUGGAUGGCACACCCUGCUCCCCGGACACUACGUCUGUGUGCGUUCAGGGAAAAUGCAUCAAGGCAGGCUGUGACGGCAAGCUGGACUCUAACAGGAAGUUUGAUAAGUGCGGUGUAUGUGGCGGGGACAACCAAGGCUGCAAGAAGGUCUCAGGAUUGUUCACCAAGCCAGUCCACGGCUACAACUUUGUGGUGAUGCUGCCUGUUGGGGCGUCCAACAUUGACAUCCGUCAACGGGGCUACCGAGGAAUGGUCAGCGAUGAAAACUACUUAGCCGUGAAGAACCGCCACGGGAAGUACCUCCUGAACGGCAACUACGUGGUGUCAGCUGUUGAGCGUGACCUGCUGGUGAAGGGCAGCCUGCUGCGCUACAGCGGUACCUCCACAUCUGUGGAGAUCCUUCAGGCCACCAGACCCCUGGUGGAGCCUCUGACUGUGGAGGUGCUCUCUGUGGGGAAGAUGACUCCUCCCAGAGUACGCUACUCCUUCUACAUCGCUAAGGAGAGCAAGGAGGAGAAGACUCUGUGGAAAGAAGGAAAAAGUCAUAAAUCACAGAACAGCGUCUUGGCUGAUAACAACAAAAUUGAGUCUAAGAAGCAGGUGAUGGGGAAGAGACCCGUGAGUCACUGGGUGACAGGUGGAUGGGAUUCGUGCACAGUGACGUGUGGGAGUGGUCUGCAGAAGAGGCUGGUACAGUGCCAGAGUGUGGAUGGACGUCCGGCUGUGGACUGUGAUGGUGCUGACCGGCCCGUGUCGGUAAGAGCAUGCGGGGAUCCGUGUCCCAUGUGGGAUGUUGGGACUUGGUCUCACUGCUCCAAGUCAUGUGGGCGGGGCUUUAAAAGGCGGCUGGUGCGCUGCAUUACCGAGAACGGCCUGAAUCUGCCCAGAGAGCACUGCUCUGGGAAAAGGAAGCCUCAGGAGCUGGACCUGUGCACUCUGAAGCAAUGCUAGAGCUGAGCAGCCUGGGGGGUUACCUUUGGCAGUCAAGUGAACCUUUAGCCCUAAUCAGCAUGAUGAUGACUCAUUUGCUGUGUCAGGUGACUGUUACUGAGACUGAAGGGGCUACACCAGAGAGGGUCAGGACAGACAUUUAUUCCCUAAGAGGAAGGAAGGAGACCGCCCCCUCCCAAACUGUCAAACCUGCAGUGGGAGGUUUGACUCGUGGUUUGUCUACCUCUUCCAGGACCGAUGACGUGAUGCCUGCAUAUACAACAGACCUUCUAAGACUUAGAGCUGCUGCAUCCUCACAGCUUUAUCCAGACGUGGAAAGACCGUUACUGAAAGUUUCUGCACAUAAAGACUUUUAAUCGCUGUCGGAAACGUUCAAAAGACUCGUAAAGACAGCGAUCACUAACUUCUUGGUAUACCUACACAGGGUGAGAUCAAAGCAAGGAAAUUAAAGUUUGUAAGAUUCGAUCUCAAAACCAUUGCUGUGCUGUGAUGAUGCCUGUGUACUGGACUGAUGAAAAUGUGAAACAUGGUACUGUAUACGUCACAUUUAAGGCCUCCAUGCAGUUUCUACAUGUUCGUUUUCUUUUAGUUACUGGUUUGUGCGAUGGGCUGUUGUCUGAUCUGGACAAAUGAAACACAACUCAGCUUUAUAUGUCUCCAAAAACAGAUCCAGGUCAUUAGUGACUCUUUAGGGUUAGCGACGGGUUUUGGUUUAAAUAGCACAGAAACUCAGAAAAUGUAAGGGUGACAUCGUGGUGGUGUGGUGGAUCCUGAUUGGUUCAAAUCCAGUCUGGUCUGUGUGGAUUUUGGGUGUGUUUCCCGUGUCUGUGCGGUGGACACACAGGUUAACUGGCGAUUCUAAAUCAACCGUGUGUUUGUCUGUCUCUGUGUACGACCCUGUCACAGAGGGAAAUUUUGCGUUUACUCUGGAUGGCUCACAGGUGACCUGGUGGAUGAUGAGAGGUUAGCUAAAAAUCAAAGAAUUCCUGAAUUAAUGACCAAAGUAUUCGUAAGUUUAGAGCUGAAAUUAUAUUCUAUACAGUGAAUGUAGUCGGUCAGUAUGAUGCUGUUUCUAAUGUGUGUGUCUUUUGUGCUUAGAGCAACAACACAUGUUCAGCUGCUUCUUCUAUGUUGCCAAAGACCUGUAAGCUGGUCAAAGCCUUAGCGCAGUGAAGCACAGCUCUCUGCAGGAGCUGCUCACAGUGAUCUUCAUAUCUGUCCUCAGCCUGAAGCUGGCUUGUUACUGACAAACCCUGACCUCCAGGAGGCUUUAGAUCAGGUAAAAACUUGAAAUGGUGGAUUGAUAAAUUCAUGAACUGAUGUUCACCCCACUCACCCUCAGAAAUAGAGUCAAAUCCCCUUUGUGUUCCUUUAGGUAACCCCUGCAUGAGUAUACAAACUAGGACUAAAUACCUGGACCUCCAGGUAACUUUGUGUAUCUUUUAAAGUACAUAUAUGUUCUUAUACAUGGUUACACGGCUUCUUCUAGAUUUGCAGUACUGGGACACAGUAUGUAGACACAUUCAGUAAAACCUUCAAAUCAAAGAUUAAAACGAUUAUUUUACAGGUUUCCUUAUUUUGUUAAGAUUGAACACAUUCUGACUUCAGAAGGUGAUGGUCGGCCAACGUUGACUUUUCUGUAAAUGCACUCGUGUCCUCCCAAUUAGUCAGUAUUAGCAUGCACUAAAUGUACACCUAAUUAACAGGCUAUAGCUCACGUGGUUAAGCAGACAACCCAUAUCAAAAUGUGCCUGUGUUUGAAUCAGACCAUUUUCUGCAGAUUAUCCCGUCACUUUGUGGCUGCAUCCCUGCAGUUACAUGGUUUAGGACCAGACACUCCAUAAAGCACAAACCACAAAAGAAACAAUCACCUUUAAAUGUACAAUAAUCUACUUCAUUUUCUAAGUGAAUUUAUCAUUUUGACUGGUUUACCAGACAAAACUAGUGACGUGAAACCACUGCCUUAUGUUUGCCUGCAUUUUACAGACCAAACAAUAGACGUUUGUAGUUUGCUUCCUUCCUCAGUAAAGCUUCUAAAGAUAGAAAUUAAUCCGUUAUUGUAAAAAGAAAUCACAACUGUCGUGCUAUGUUAUCACUACGUCUAAACCAGUUAUGAGAGCGAUGUAAUUUAAGUAAACUGGAGCCUAAAAAAUGCUUCAGUGACUUUGUGGGAAGAACCAUCAAGCUGCUGCUUCCAGUUGCCCUUCGAGGAUUCGUGAAUCUGAACUCAACAGAAAGGUUAAGUGGUAAAAGCAGCAGAAAUCCCUCCAAGUCAAAAUAAGCCCUGAAUGCACUGUGAGAAUCUCCUGAAAGCACUUUGUGUAUGAAAAACAAAACACUUGUGCAACUGCUUAACAACAUGGAGCCAAGAAUGUGGAAUAUAACACAAGCAUCUUUCGACAUGGUGUCCAGUUUAGUUCGCUGUGCCUGCAGACACUGACAGAUGGGCCAUGCUGCACAUUCAUCUGUGGACAUGAUGCAUUUGUCUUUAGUGCCCUGGGAAAAUUCCUGGGAUGAAAAUCUAGCAGGAUAGAUAUAUUUCUACUGACAAUCCACAUCCUCGACUCCUGACACAGAAUGAGUAAGCUCAGAGACGAUGGCAGGACAACGAAGCACUAAAACUGCACGCAAAAACAAGUCAAUAAUAAUAUUUGUAAUAAAUUUAUAUAGAUAAAAUAUAAAUAAGACUCCCAACCAGAGAAUUUACUUAAAGAACAUAAAAUGCCAGCAGCAGAAAUAGUCAAAGGUAACCUCAGUAGAUACAAACUGCAGUUUUUAAUUGACAGUUUCACUCAUUAAGAAAAACGUUAUCCAAACUUGUGUGAGAAAUCACUCUGAUUAACCACAAAGUGUCAGGUUGGUAAAAGAGAACCACAGUGUGAGCCAUUAUCCAUGAUGGGAGAAAACCUGGACCAGUGAUCAACCUUCCCAGCAGUGGCCAGUUCACCACACUUAAGAGUGUGUCAGUGAGUCAGAACAACAUUAACGACCUGCAGGCCUCAGUUAGCUCAUGAUCCGAGCAUAUGAAAGAGGCCAAAGGAGAAAAGCACUGCAGAGCAAAAAGAACAGAUGGGAUGGUCUCACAUUGUCCAGAAACAUCUCGAUGAUCCCGAGACUUGUGUGGACUGAUGAGACAAAAGUCUCAGUGUUUGGUGUCAAACUAACAGCCUUUGAGAAAAGGAAAAGUCUUGGUGUUGGGAUGUGUCUGGGCUGCUUUGCCAACACUGAUGGAAAUCUGCUGAAAUCCUGAAGGUGAAUGUCCGGCUGUCAGAUGGUCCCUCAAAGUCCACUUGACCCAAAAUGACCUGAAACGCAGGACGUCAGAGUCUGGACCUGAAUCAGCUGAGAUGCUGCGUCAUGACCUUAAACAGGAUGUAGAUUCUCCAGUGUAGCUGAAUGAAAACAAAGAACUGAUGAGUGGGCCAAAACUCCUCCACAACAACGUCAAACACUCUUUGUUAGUUUGUGCAAACACUUGAUUCCAGUUUUUGCUGCCAAGUGUGGCCCAACCAAUAUUUAGGCUUUUCACAAAAGGCCAGGUAGCUUUUGUAAUAAAUCAAGUCAUUAUUGAAACUGCAUUUUCUAUUUACGGUUAUCUUUGUCUGCUUUUUGUUGUUGUUUUUUGCUCAUCUAUUAUAUCUGCCUACAUGUAUAACACAACAUUUUGGACGGUUUCCUCCAGUGUUCAAUUUUAUUCUUUGUGGUUUACAAAAAGAAAAAUGUGUUUUCCUGAUGAAGCUCAUGGAAACAAACGAAUCAUCAAGCAGCUCCUGUUGUUUUUCCUCCCUGCUGUAGCUUUAAUAUGUGUUGUUGAACAGAGAGUAGAUCCACGACGUGCUGGUUAUCCUCGCAAUAUUCACCAGACCACUAGCAAACCAUUUACGGUGUUACAGAACUAUAGUUUCCCCUUCACAUUAAACCCUUACAUGCAUUUUUCUUCUAUUACAAAUUGAAACGUCUGCAUGUUGAAUGUGUGAAAAUCCCAAUCAAAUACGUAGAUGCUAAGACGUUAACCCUCUGGAGUCUGAUUGGUGAUUAGUAGUGACCCCAGCUCCAACCCAAACCCCAACCCGAGACAAUGACAACAUGGAAAUGUUCAUUUUAUUACGUUGGUCUCACAGGUCUGUCCAAUCAGAUAAGGAGGAAAAUAAUAACCUAAACUGACUCACAUCAAAGACUGUUCACGUCUUUCUUCCAAAACUGGCUGUUUUGUCUUUAAAUUAAAUAUUUAAAGUAUAAGAUUCGUCUGAAGUCGUGUCGAGUCGCCACCUCUGAUUGCUGAGGCCGAGGGUCCAGCUGUUGUACUGCGCUCUACUUUGAAUCAUAAACUCAUGCAUGAUGAUCAAACGUUGGGUUUCUUGGAAGUUUGCAUUGAUCGACUCUGUCCUUAGAGGGACCAGUUACACCAUCUAAAAGGUGGUAAUGUUAUUUUUAUUAUUCAUGCACAUAUAAUAUUGUUUUAACUGUUGUAUUGUAUACUAUGUAUACAUUCAUCUAGCUGAAUAAAAUAAAGUAUUGAGAUAUUCAGAUAUUC